AUGGCAUCGCGGGAAGCUUCCGAAACAUCCUUCUUCAGCCUGAGCGGUGUGAGAGAGCGGAUGCGGGAGAAGAAGAAUGGUGCCUUGAAGACUGCGAAGUUGAAUGCCUCGCUUGCGUCAAAAAUCAAAACGAAAAUCAUUAACAACUCUUCCACUAUUAAAGUCUCCCUAAAGCACAACAAUAAAGCACUGGCCCUGGCCCUCAAUGCGGAGAAAGCCAAUGCACAGCGACUCACGCAGGAGAAGACCAUCUUGCAGAAGGAGGUGGAGCAAUGCCAUUUCCAGAAUGCUAUGCUGCGGCACAAGCUCUGCUUCCUGAAUAACAUCUUGAAAGAACUUGAAAACCUUAUGGAUGCAGUUAAGGUGGCCCAGCUGUCUGAGUUCCAUACAAGUUCUGCAUCCUUGUCCAAUGGCCAGAAGAGCAGCGUGACUGAGGACAGCUGGGACAAUGGUAUUGCAGAUGGUCAGCUUCUGAGGUCUGCAGGGAUGCCAAUGAGGGUGCCCAUUUCCAAGCUGUGUGGUGCAGGACAGCAAGAUGACAGCCCCAUAGCAGUACAGACAUUCUCACUAGAUCUUCAGAGACCUGCUUCUAGUGAGCCCCUGGAAAUUGUGCCUGUUGCCUCCAAAGACACUUUGCCACCACAGCCUGGAGAAGCCUCAGUGCCACCAGGAAGAGAAGGGGAAGAAGCCAGAUGA